AAAACGAGCGCGUGUCGCGGGUCGGAAAAUCAAGACAAAGAUAAAGAAAAGUUCAUUAUCAAAUGCAGAAGGAACAACGGAAAAUAAAGCCGCUGAACAAGUGAAAAUCGGAAGGGAAAUGCCAGCGAGAAGUCCAAUUGGACCGACCCUGCCCUUGAAAGUAAAAAGCAACCCACUGGAAUUCACUUCACGCACAAAACGACAUUAAAACGCAGCAGGAUGUGGAAAGCAUAGUAGUAGCAAGCCUAGUAGACAGCACGCAACGAAGGCCGGAAAAUCGUGGAAAUGCCUAGCUAAUUAAUUAGCUAAGUAGGCAAAGAAAAGCUGCGAAAAUAGGCGUACCUUCUGAACCAACAAUAAGUUCCGAUUUGUUGCAAAAUUUAUAACCAGCCAAGGCUUAAAAUGACAUCAUACGCAAACGACACCACAACUUCGGCAGCAGCGGCGACAUCAGCUGGCGCAGUGGAAGCAGCAGCAACAACAGCAGCCGUCACCGCCCCCCAAUCAGCUGUGGGGGGCUCGGCGGCCCCUGCAGCUGCUGAUUCAUCCAAAGUCAAGGGCCGCGACAAUUUGUCCAUCAGCCGCACACAGUAUGGCGACGAAGAUGGCAACAGCAGCGAUGGUCGCGAAAAGGCCGACACAACGCCGGAGAACAUCAAGAAAAUCGCCGAAAUCAUGGACAGUCCGGAUGGUACGAUGUCGGCCAACUCGCCCAUACCCUCGCCCCGCCACGUGCAGCUCAGGAACCCCAUGAAUCCCGGCUUCGUGGGCCUCGGUGCUGCCAUCGAUGAGUCCUGCGGCAAGUUCUGCCUUGGCAAGCCGCCACCAUCGCCGGCCGAGAAAGCGGCGGCACAGAGCAGAGCGAACCAGCAACAUGGCACUCCGCCCGGCAACAGCAACAGCAGAAGCCACUCCAACCACAAACCCGCCGCCGAUGAGGAGGAGAACUCGAGCGAGUCGAAUGCCACCACGAAAGCAUCGCUGGCCUUCACCAUUGAUCAUUUCGAUGCCUCGGAGAACGAUUCGGCGGCUCAGGCGGCGCGCUACAAGAACAUGAUGGAGCGCAUCCAGAGUCGCCACAAGCGCGGUGCUUCCAUGUCCAAGCUGGAGACGGACAAGGAUACCACGACGGCCACCUCGACCAGCGGACGGCAGUCGCAGAGGAGCAGCUUGGAUGCGGGCAGCAGUAUGGCGGACGAUGUGUCCUCCGUCACAGCGGCCACGCCCAGUAGCGAGCAGGCUCCUCCGGUGCAGGUGAAGAUGCGGGUGCGGGAACGCAGUGCCUCGCGGGUGAGAGACGCAUCCAAGCGGCACAGUUGGUCGCCGAGGAGCUCUGCCAACGCGCCCGAACCAAGUGCUGCACCUGCGCCCAGGCCCACCAGUCGAUCCAAGCUGCCACCUCCGCCGGCAGCGACCAAGGGAACCUCUAAUCUGGUGGCCAAUCGUACGGCCCAUCAGUUCACACCCCGCUCCACCGCCAUGCAGCUGGCACUGCGCCAGGUGGAGAUGAUGUGUCCACAGCCGCCUCUAGCGGAUUGCAAACCACUGGCCGAGAACGAUGCAGUCAGCGAGGCAGGCACCUACACCCUCGACGGGGAUAACUACACGGAGGAGCAGAAGGAUCUCAUGAACAUCGAUAGGAAUGGAAAGGGGGCGGGUGCCAAGCAGCGACCCAAACAGUUGCCAGUGAAGUCGAACAGGGGCAGCAAUGUGCUGGAGGUGAACUACUACCAUGAGACGCCACUGCAGGAGCAGCUGCCACAACAACUGCCAGCCCAGAGAAGCUCCACAGGUGCCUAUCUGGAUCAACUAAAGAGUCGCGUGCUGCGUCAGCAGGUUCCCCUGUCGCCACCCACUCCUCCGUCGCCGGCAGCGGACAUGGGCUGCUUCACCAGUGUGACCACCAGUGGAGUGCUGGCCAAACAGCGGGCCUUGGACACCCAUCCCAAGCUCACCCGCCACUCGCACAGCUUGUCCACCUCGCAGAUCGACAGCUCCGAGUAUGUGAGCAAUGAGGCUAAACUGAGGCACACGCAGGCCCUGUCCGGAUCGGCCACCGAUCGCCAGAAGGCCGAGUACCGCCUGAAUGUGUUCACCACUAGCACCAAUCAGCAGCACCAGUUGCCGGAAACGCCCACCACGCCCACACAGAGCUCGGAGGCCGCCCUCCUGCAGACGGCGCAGACCAAGCAGGACUGGAUUCAGGAGUGGGCACGGAACGCGCGAGCCAGGAGCUUGGCGCAGGAUGUGAGUGGCACGAGCGCCAAUCGUCGGAAGCAACAGCAGCAGGCACAAGCGCAGGCACAGCAACUGAUGACCCGGAGCUACAACUGCUCGGAUACGGGUGGCGAUUCCCUGACGGAUGACAGCCUGAGUCUAUACAACCAACAGCAGCGCCAGUACGCAGCGGCAGCCAAGCUCAAUCGUAGUCUGGCGGAGCGGUACCGCCUGCUGGGCGACUGUGACUACGCCAGCGAUCCGGCGUUGUGCAGCCAUGGCGGCGGAGGCAAUGGUGGGCAGGUGGUGGAGCCGGGCUACAAGCCGCCCAAGAGUCCCAGCAAGAUUCCAUCGCCGCUGCACACGCUGGGACGUGCGCGCAGUGCCAGUCGCUCGCGUCCACCAACGGAUGCCUACUUGGAGCAUACAGCUGCGGCCAUUAGUAACCUGCAGCAGUCGCUUUCCCGCAGGAGCUCUGUUAAAUCGCCAGCUCAGAGUAGUCCGCAGCACAGCCUGGAAUCGGGAAUGGGCGCAGGAGCAGGCGGUGGCUAUAGACGAUCUCCGCUUCACCGGGCUCUCAUGACCAGCAGCAUCAACGAGGCGCAGCUGCAGUUGCUCACCAGCGGCGAGUAUCUCCUAAAGCAAUUGCGUCGCCGCAAGAACUCCCUCGAGUACGAUCCUGGCCAGGAAGUGGAGCAGGUUGAGCCAGCUGCUGCCCCAUUGUCGCCGCUGCGUCGAUCGAGUAGCUUCCAGCAGCAGCAGGGACAGCAUCCUGUGCGUCAGGCGCGUCCCAAUUUCCAGAACCUCUACACACCGCCCGCUGCCCGCCACGCCCACGCCCUGAGCACCGUUCACCAGCAGCAGCUGAAGAAGUCCGCCAGCAGCAAUAACUUCGAGCAGGCCUACAGCGACUACGACAACGAGUUGCAGUAUUAUAUAAACGAUGAGGAUGAAAUGGGCACCACCGGGGCAUACUACUCCAGCAACGAGGAGGAGGAGGCCGAGGAGAACCACGAGAGCCAAGGCUCCGUGCCGCUGAGCAACACGCGCAUGAACAAGGCUCUGCUGAUGCGGAUCGAAAGGAGCAAACAAAGGGUGGCCGGAUCACAGGCUCCGACCAAACCCACCUCAGCACCAGCGGGAAAACUGAGUCUGGCACAAAGUGGAGCUGGUGUGGCGGCCUGUCCCAAUACGCCUGAAAUGCCGCGUCGUGGAAUCAAGAGUGCUCCGAGGGUAGCUCCCGGAUCUGGCAAUCGAAACACCCGGCAGUCCAUGCCCAGGGAAACAAGCCUCAGUCGACUUGCGCAACAGGUGCCCAGUUCCUUGGCCAAUGCCAAAAAGCAGCUGCUCCAAACCGCAAGUGCUGGUGUCAACUCCAAUCCGAGGGAACAGCGCGUGCAACCCAAAUACCUGGACAUCUCCAAGUACAAGUCGGCGCAGUCAAACAAUUUUCUGCGCAAAAACGAUGCCAAGAGCACGCUGAAGCCGGCAGAUCAAAUGAAACGAAGUCCCAGUGCCUCCUCGAUGGGUUUGAGUCGCGGCGAAGGCACGAGGGCCAGUAACCGGAGUGUGCGCAGCGCUGCCUCCGCGAUGAACACCAGUACUACCUCGCUGGGUGGCGGGAAUCCGGGUUCACGAAACUCAUCAGCAAUGCGUCGCGAUGCCUCAGUUAACAAACAAAAGGAGGCUGAAAUGGCCAUGUGGAAGCGUCGAUCCACCUAUGAUCCCAUGAAAGCCGCCGCCGAAGAUCGCCGCAAGAAGGAAGAAGCGCGACGUGCACAAAGCGAAGCUCAGCGACAGAUCAACGAUGAGGUCGAUGAAAUGCCCUUCGAGAGUGUGCUGCGCCCAGCCAACAAUUUGACCAUCACAAGCGGGGCCAACAGCUACAGCCCGCGAAACUCCGUGGAAAACGACGCCUGGACGCUUGGUGAAUCCUCAGAGUUCGGGGAGUAUCCCGAUGACUACGACGAGAACGAUGAGGUGGAAGGCGACGAGGAGAUCGAUUACGUGGGCCAGGAAUCCGACGAUGUUUUUGAGGCGGAGUCCGGCGAGGCUGCGAUCCAGGGCGCACAGUAGGCCACCAAACACAAAAUGCAAACCAGCAACAGUGAUAAAUAAUUCGAUAUAUACAUAACUAUAUAUAUGUAUAACAUAUUUCUUAGCGAUUGAUGAUGCGAAAUAGGCAUACCCUCUUAUCAGAGUUGAUAAAAUAUCAUUAAUAGAUUAGCUGACAUGAUUUUCCCUCGGCUUAUUAAACUUAUUUGAAUGAAGUUUAUAAUUUGAACACCGAAAAUCAUCGAAUAAUCCAAUAAACUGAAUAUGCAAAAGGAAAAAGUUACUCACUUCUGAUCUGUCCAAAUGCCAUAGCAGAAAUGUUUUUUAAAUGUUCAAACUGAUUUUUAACGCAGAGAAGUUCACUUCUGUUCAACGAACAAGAAGCAAACACAAAUAAUAGUUAAACAAAACUCAACAUUCAAAAAUCAUCUGCUUAGGGCUUCUUUAAAUGCUAAGACUCAAAUCAAAUUGUUCAAUUAAUGGAAUAUGUUUCGAAUAGAUAUUCUAACAACGUCGGUUAUGGUGCAAAUGCCUUUAAGAUAAAUGAAAAAAUACUCAGAUGUAUUGUUGGCUGAGUGAAGGGUUAGAAGAAGAAAGACUUUGAGCCGAGCCGAAAUGACUGCAAUCAAGUGCUAAACGAAACAAUAUAAUUUUAAGAAUUGCUGACCCAAAAGAUCGGGAAAACUGACCAAGAGGAAUUGAGUUGUUUGGUGAUCUGAGCUUAAAUUGAAUGCGUUCGGAAUCAGAACUUUCUUUGCCCAAAUGCGAUUUCUGGGAGCAGCCCAAGGAAUUAAGUUGUUUUCGGUACGAAUUUGUAGUUACUCAUGUAUGAACUCAUGUCUAUACGUUUUUAUAGAUACAUAUUUGCGAACACUCGAAGAAAUUACGAUACGGUCUAGUUUUAUAUACGCCU